AUGUCGAGAUUAUACAGUCAAUGUGUGAGAACAGUGGUGCGUUUAGGAACUGCUCGAUUGGCUUAUACAUCAGUUAGGAUCAGGCAAAACAGAUUCUGUUUCAAGCUUUUAGGAAGUGGAGUCAUUUGUCAGUUUUCGCUGUUUAACUUUGGGGGAACAAAGAAAUUAGACCUGGAUAGUUCAGAUACAUGGAUGGCAGCACCGAUCACAGAUCUGGAGCAUCUCAAGGAGCAUAGAGAUGAUAUGAAGUGCCAAGUAGAAGCACUGAUUAUGCGUAUCCAGGCUGAGGUAUGCCAGGCACUGGAGAAAGAGGAACUAGAGGAGGGAGGGAAGAAGUUUCAGAUUGAUAGAUGGCUUCGUGAACAGGGAGGUGGUGGUAUUACCUGCGUCUUGCAAGAUGGGACAGUGUUUGAGAAAGCCGGUGUUAAUGUUUCUGUGGUCACUGGCAUUCUUCCUCCAAAUGCUGUACAACAGAUGAGAGCAAGAGGAAAAAAGAUGAAAGGAGAGUCUUUAAAGUUUUUUGCAGCUGGUGUGAGCUCAGUCGUUCAUCCUCGGAAUCCUCACGUUCCAACAGUCCACUUUAACUACCGCUAUUUUGAGGUGGAAGAUGAGGAUGGCGAGAAGCAGUGGUGGUUUGGGGGAGGCACAGAUCUGACACCAUACUAUCUGGUAGAAGCAGAUGUUAUACAUUUUCACAAAACACUCAAGAAAGCUUGUGAUCAACAUGGGAAGCAACUCUACCCAAAGUAUAAGAAAUGGUGUGAUGACUACUUCAGCGUAGCACAUAGAGGUGAACGGCGAGGAGUUGGUGGUAUUUUCUUUGAUGACGUUGAUGAACCAUCACAAGCUAAAUGCUUUGAAUUUGUGAAGACUUGUGCAGAUUCAGUUGUUAGUUCCUAUGUGCCCUUGGUCCAAAAACAUAAGAAGGACGGUUACAGUUACGCAGAGAGACAAUGGCAGCUUCUCCGGCGUGGCAGAUAUGUUGAAUUUAAUCUCAUCUAUGACAGAGGAACCAAGUUUGGUUUGUACACCCCAGGAGCCAGAUAUGAGAGUAUUUUGAUGUCCUUACCUCUGAUAGCUAGGUGGGAGUACAUGCAUGCACCUGAGCCUGGAUCCAAAGAGGCCAAGUUGACAGAAGUACUGAAGAAGCCUCAAGACUGGGUGUAG